AUGGUGAGAUUAGAUCCCAGCGCAUCCACGGCGUCAUCCAUGACCACAACCACAGCGACUUCUGCCCUUGAUGUUUCAUUGACUGAACAGGAUACAUCACGCAGCAACGGGGGUGCGCAGGACAGCGCGAUGCGUGUGUAUGUUCGCAUUCGGCCUUUCACCGCGAGUGAACUCUUGGAAAAUGGGGAGCGGCCCAACCGGACUAUCGCUCUCGACGCGAGAGAUGGCCACAUAAAAAUCAUGGACCCCUCACGGAACUUCACGACGCGCCUCACGUACGUUUUUGAGCGCUGCUUUGACUCGGCCGAGGCCGGACCAGGAGCGGACCAGGAGGAAGUAUACACGCAUGUUGGUCGUACAGUUCUAAACAACACGGUGGAUGGUUACAACGGUUGCAUUUUGGCGUAUGGACAAACGGGGACUGGUAAAACAUACACCAUGCUGGGGCCAAGGGACGUAGUGACUAGUGGGAGGUUAUAUCGGGAAGAGCUGGCACAGCAAAGCUCCUCUUUUUCUAGUAUCACUAAGUUGAAGCUAUGCUCGCCCUCACCCUCCUGCUCAGGCCAGAUGAAAGGCAUAGAUGAGAGUGCCUUUCUGGAACUCUCAUUGGGUGGAGAUAGUUUUUCGACGACGGAAGAAGGUAUUAUUCCUCGCUUUGCACGUGACCUCUUCAACUCCCUUCGACAAAAGCAGAGAGAAGACAGUUCGUACUCCUACCGCGUGGAAAUGGAGUUCUAUGAAAUUUAUAACGAAAAAGUCUUUGAUCUCAUCUCAGGUGGGCACUCUACAAAUGACCUUCGGGUAAGGCACCAGACCGUACGGGGUGUUUUUGUGGAAGGUCUGGACCGGAAGCCAAUAGCAGCAGAGGAAGAUUUAUUGUUCUGGAUGUACCGGGGAAGCAUUGAGCGUCAUACCGCUUCCACUAAAAUGAAUGAUCGCAGCAGCCGCAGUCACGCCAUCCUUUCCAUUCACGUUGUACAAAUGACACUUGAUGAAAAUAAUAAUACUAACCGCGUCAGUAGUAAGCUCAAUCUGGUUGAUCUUGCUGGAUCGGAGCGUAUUGGCGCUAGUGGGGUGGAGGGUUUGCACUUCAAGGAAUCCACGAAGAUUAACUUGUCGCUCACGGCACUGGGUCGAGUCAUUGAUUGUCUAGCUGAUGCUUCAACGGGUAAACCGAGCGCAUUCUGUCCGUACCGUGAAUCCAACCUCACAUGGCUACUGAUGGAUUCGUUGGGCGGAAACAGCAAGACAUCGAUGGUGGCUACCGUUUCCCCGUGCGUGGAGCACUACGAAGUGACAUGUCAAACACUGCGUUAUGCCUCUCGUGCGAAGCAGAUCGUCAACGUUGCCGUCGUGAAUGAAGACCCACAGGUACGCCAGAUCAAGAAGCUCACUGCCGAAGUGUCGAGACUAAAGCAGCUACUGAACAAUCAGUCUAUUUGUGACUAUAGCAAUGAAGAAGUUGAACGGUUGCGCCAGCGAGUGGUGCAACUUCAGCAGGAGGCGGUUGAACGUGACUUCAUGUUGGAGACGUUUCGCGAAGAGUUGAACGACAAAACUAGUUUGAUGAAUCACCAUCGCAACGGAAGUGUCACCCUUUGCAAACACAACGCUAAUGGUAAACAACACCAACAGGGGGGAGAGACGAUGACCAAGGAUGAGGUUAACAGCCCACACCUGAUGCAAAGGACGAAGGGAAAGGAGUCAACAGGGGGUGCAGCAACCGGUGAUUGUGGGGGAAAACAGAGUUCUCGGUCAGUAAAUCCGUAUCUCAAUGCCAGGACGUUACAGCAGCUGAAGUACCUUCGAAUUGAGGCCGAUCAAGACUACGGUACACUGAUAGCUACGCUGGCGCGGUGUGCAUUCGACGCUACAAUGAAUUACGAAUGCACGUUGCAGAAAAACAUCAUGAUGAUAAACUCUCAUAGUCAUGCCUUGCGAGAAAACGUGCAAAAGAUGGAGUCCAAGGAAUGGUUGGUACUUGCUUCCAUUGGAGAUAGGCUUCUUUCCGAGUUCGCUAAGGCAUGCGGAAAGCAUGCGAGCACCCCAAGGCACCACGAAACGGUGAAACCCAAGGGACUGAAGACCCCUGAAGUUGAAGUCCAGGAUAAGGAUAGGGAUAAGGCACGAAUGGAAAUAAACAGGCUGCGAGAGCGGCUGUAUGAUGCCAUGGUGGAAAACGAUGGGCUCAAAGAGCGUUGUGAGGCGUUGGAAAAGGAAGCGCACAACUUCUCCAAAAUGGAAAGAACUCUAAAGCAAAAGUUAGCUACUCUGCAGGCUGAACUAGAUGGGGCCGGUCCUAAGGUGAUUGCAUGGGCAACAAACACCAUGAAGGCGGAACCAGGGUUGACACCGAGAACUGCUGUGAAUACCACCAGGGAAAAUCACGACUGUCCCAAAGAGGGGCGGAGGAUGUCACCUCUACUCCCCAGCGCGAGAUGUGUCCAAGCACGCAAGGUAAAACACAGUCCCCGUCAAAAGGAGGUUGGAACCACUCGUCGUGUUGCAGAAAAAAAUGGGACCGAAGCGCAGCUUGAAAACAGUGUAUGUUCCCUCUCUGUUCCAGUGUUGAACCUCCGUCAGAUCAGCGCAGCAGCUUUUCUCAGGUCUGCGAUUGACUCUCACCACGAUGCGCUGCUUGAUCUUCUGAUGGAUAAGUUCCGCUUGGUCGGCAACCUGUACGAACAAUAUGCUAAGAGCUUUCUCGGAAAAAACCCUUUAACUGGGAGCAACGGAAAAAGCGAAUGCCCUGAAAAAGAGCUGACGCUUGCAGAAGAACGAUUGCCAAGCAAAAAAGUCCCAAAAAGGUCUGUCGAGGUGCAGAAAAAAAGUAAGGUCGCGAGUGAUAUGAUUUCAUCCAGGGGGCGUGGUCGGGGCGGAGUUUUAACGGGAGAUGAUGCGCUAUGCAGGGAGUCAACCGUUACCUUGCACAGUCCCAGGGGCGCAGAGAAUGCUAAGGGGUUGCAACGACGCUGUCAUCAAAAAGCGCAAGCUACGACAGUCCGAAAGACAUCCAGAAGAACUCUUGGAAGCAGCAGCGAUACCUUUUUACCUGACUGCGAGGAAGAAGUCACCUUUUUGAAGGAACAGUUUACCAGGAGGGAAUCUGGGAUUAAAAAGGAGCAUCAGUCGGUUGUCAGGGAGCUGCAAAACAACUUAGCUGAGGCAGUGAAAAGAGCGGCCCAGGAAUAUAAACAACUCUUGGAUCAAUCUAGCAACGAAAAGAAGCAGUUGAACGAGCAACUUGCCAAGUAUGGAUCAAUUGCGGCUGCUGCUGAGAAGACUAAGGAAAGUGUCUCCGAACAAACGCGUUUGUUCAGGGAGCAAUGUAGCGGACGAACUGCAAUUGAGAUCGAACAGAUGGAGGUUUGGGCAUCCACAGUGGCGAGCAGCGUAGCGAGUAUUUACCGUCUACGAAAGGAACAGGAAAGUGUUGCUGCCGCAAAGGAACGGCAACAACUUAUUAAUCAGGCGGCCUGCGACAAAGCGGAACUAACGUGCUCCCUUCGCCACAGAACUGAAGUGCUUUUGGAGUGGGUAUCCGGGCGUGAAGUUCUCCUCUGCGAAGAAGAAAGGACUCGUGCCCACCUUGUUCUUCGUUUCCGCGAGCAGGGAAUUGCGUCUGGAUGUUGCGCGGAGCUUUCCACCAUGCUUGUUGAGAGCCACAAGUUACUUACCGAACAUUGUGUAGUUGAACACCAGGUGUUUAUAGAAGGAGUUACGCCCAUCUGCAAUGCGUUCCUGGGCGCCAGUAAUGCCCUAGCAAAGGAAAAGAGCCAUGUUAUGCAGUUGCAAGGUCAGGUGCGCUCUGCAGUAAUGGGUCAAUGCCGACAACAGUUACUGCAAUGCCGAGAGGAUGAAAUUAGUGCCAGGGAGGCGAUUCUCGCGUCUCAAGAUAGCGAAGCUGCAGUGAUCAAAGACGCGUUAAGACGUAUUGGUGGCGCUAUAGUGAUAAACCAAAAGUUUGUGACGGAUUUGCGAAAUCGACUAAACACCGCGCAAACGGAGCAGCAUCGACAUCAACUACGGGGAUGUUUGGAAUAUGAAGCUAACUCCCGCAACACUAUCCUUGCAGCACAAAAGGACGGAGUCGCAACAAUCAGAUUUGCGUUUGAGCAGGCCCAUCUUGCUUUGGAGCAGAAACAAUACCAGACGACGCGAUUGAAUGCUGAGCUGGACUGCUCCAAGAAUAAUAACCAUCUUCAAGGGGUGCGUGUGUGCUUGGACAGUGAGACCGACGCUCGGGACCAUCUUGUUGCGUAUCAACAGGGUGAAUGGCAGGUACUUGAGUUGUGUUUUAACACGGGUCGCAAGAUGUUGAUGGAUAAUGCGAGGUAUUUAUGUGGGUUAUUGGAUACGGCCAAUACUUCUCUCGCAGCCGCUGUUGUGCGUGCGCCAAAAUCUGCAUUGGGAGCUGUUUUUCUCUUUGAGCAACAUGAGCGGUUCGUUUUGGAGGAACUGAACGCACAUACCACUUGUCUACAAGACGCACAUCGCGAGUUAUCCGUUUUGUUAUCAACCAGUCAAGUACAACGUGAGUGUGACGUCACACUCACGGCACUUGAAAACUACUACUCGGAGGAGCUUGCACGCACAGAGAAGGAAAACAAGGAGCUGAAGGCGAAUAUACAAAUAUUGCGUGAGAACCUCGACUUUCAAGCCAGCUUGGACCAACUCCAGGCUGAAAUCGAAGGAGACGGACCAGCUGGGCUGGGUUCGGGUGGAGGAUCUGAGGGCGACCCACUUUCCCUCACGCAGCACCGUGAGGGUUUGGGCAUUAGCGGCCUCAUCUCUAACUUUUUCACUCGGGUUGGAUAUGUUCGAAAGGAUGGAUUGCCACGCGACUUUUCUCCCAGGAUGAUGAUGUCGCACACAAGCAGUGAAGAGGAUUUUGGUGCCAUGAGUGAUGCUGCUGCACGGUUUGGUUACACUCCUGUGAAAGAUGGUAGGAACAGGAGGAACAGCAUGCAAUCCAUAGUAGGAAGCGCUCUUUUCCCCCCAAAUCAUGACAGCACGCCACUGCGCGAUGAUGAUGCGAGCAUCCAGUAG